CAGUGGGCAACUGCACAAUGACAAGAGCCUUGUUUUCUUUUGUGUUGCAAACUUGCAAAACAGUGCAACAAUAAUGGAGGAUAUUGUUGCUGCAAUUUGUGCAGUUUAUGGCAUUGGUUAUUCCAGCUAUUACCUGUCUAACCUGGGACGUCACCUGAGACAUGUACUCAGAACUGCCAUAAGAGAGAGUCAAGAAGUAACAGAAGACUCUCCUCUGGCUCUCCCAGCUCCUGGAGAAGAGGCCAAAGAGGAGGAAAAUGACCGCAGGCCACCAGCUCUGGUCACACCACAGUCUGAAUAUUCCGAGGUGGCCCCUGAACAAACAGAAGACUAUCCACUGACUCCCUCAGCUCCUGGAGAAGAUGCCGAGGAAGAAGAAAUUGACCUCAAAACUUCAGCUGUGGUAACACCACAGCCUGAAUAUUCUGAGCAGAGUCCAGAACCAACAGAAGACUAUCCACUGACUCCCUCAGCUCCUGGAGAAGAGGCCAAAGAGGAGGAAAUUGACCUCAAACCUUCAGCUGUGGUGACACCACAGUCUGAAUAUUCCGAGGCGAGUCCAGAACCAACAGAAGACUGUCCAGUGACUCCCUCAGCUCCUGGAGAAGAGGCCAAAGAGGAGGAAAUUGACCUCAAGCCUUCAGCUGUGGUGGCACCACAGUCUGAACAUUCUGAGACGAGUCCAGAACCAACAGAAGACUAUCCACUGCCUUCCUCAGCUCCUGGAGAAGAGGCCAAAGAGGAGGAAAUUGACCUCAAACCUUCAGCUGUAGUGACACCACAGUCUGAAUAUUCUGAGGCGAGUCCAGAACCAACAGAAGACUAUCCACUGCCUUCCUCAGCUCCUGGAGAAGAGGCCAAAGAGGAGGAAAUUGACCUCAAACCUUCAGCUGUGGUGACACCACAGUCUGAACAUUCUGAGGCGAGUCCAGAACCAACAGAAGACUAUCCACUGCCUUCCUCAGCUCCUGGAGAAGAGGCCAAAGAGGAGGAAAUUGACCUCAAGCCUUCAGCUGUGGUGACACCACAGUCUGAACAUUCUGAGGUGAGUCCAGAACCAACAGAAGACUAUCCACUGAUUCCCACACCUCCCAGAGAAGAGGCCAAAGAGGAGGAAAUUGAGCACAAACCUUCAGCUGUGGUGACACCACAGUCUGAAUAUUCUGAGGCGAGUCCAGAACCAACAGAAGACUAUCCACUGAUUCCCACACCUCCCAGAGAAGAGGCCAAAGAGGAGGAAAUUGAGCACAAACCUUCAGCUGUGGUGACACCACAGUCUGAAUAUUCUGAGGCGAGUCCAGAACCAACAGAAGACUAUCCACUGCCUUCCUCAGCUCCUGGAGAAGAGGCCAAAGAGGAGAAAAAUGAGCGCAAGUCUUCAGCUGUGGUGACACCACAGUCUGAAUAUUCCGAGGCGAGUCCAGAACCAACAGAAGACUAUCCACUGACUCCCUCAGCUCCUGGAGAAGAGGCCAAAGAGGAAGAAAUUGAGCGCAAGUCUUCAGCUGUGGUGACACCACAGUCUGAAUAUUCCGAGGCGAGUCCAGAACCAACAGAAGACUAUCCAGUGACUCCCUCAGCUCCUGGAGAAGAGGCCAAAGAGGAAGAAAUUGAGCACAAACCUUCAGCUGUGCUGGCACCACAGUCUGAACAUUCUGAGAGGGCCCUUCUAGAGAAAGAGCAGAAGCAGAUUGCUUUAGCAGAGGUGCCAUGCCGGACUCAGGGAGAGCUGUUCCCAGCCCGGGAGCAGGAAGAGCAGCUCAGGCAGCAGGUGGAAGAGCAACAGGAGAAUGGCCAGAACAUCAAGGCAGAGCCACAAGCAGAGCUGCCCGAAACUCAGAUUCCCAUCAUGGCAAUGAAGAGAAAGCACAAGGACAACAUGAGAGGCGAUGAGGAGAUGAAUCUCCAUCCACAGAGAGGCGAUCAACAAAACCAGGUGAGUGCAAGAGUAGCAAACACUCGACUCAAGAAUCGUUUCUCUUGUUUUUUACAGAACCUCAAGGACCAGCUGGAUGAGCUGCAGGAAACAGAGGCUGACGUGAAGGAAAAGGAGAAGAGGCUGGAGGAAGAAUUAAAAAUUAUCAGAGAGAAAUGUAAUCCUCUGCGUCAGGCUGUAGAAAAGCAAGUGGAAGUGUUGACAUCUCACCUGCCUGCCUCCAAAGACUUUUGGCAAAUGACUGGAAACAAAAAGCCCUGUAGUCGGUAUGAGGCAUUGGAGCAGUCCCAGUCGGAGAUGCUGCAGCUUGAGAAGAGGAGCCUGGACAGUUUGUUCGUCUCCAGCACUGACCCAGCUGCUGCUCAGCAACAGGAGACUGAGGAGGAGUACUUGGAGCUACUGAGGAAAACAGUGAACAUGGAAAAUCCUGUGACAAAAUACAUUGAACUGGAAAACAUUGGCAGUGGGACUUUUGGAGAGGUUUGUAGAGCAUUUGACAAUGCCAGAAGAAGAGAGGUGGCCAUAAAGAAAAUAAACCUCCAUGGACUAAGGAAGGAGGAACUAAAAGUCAAUGAACUCGUGGUCAUGAGGAAGAAUAGGAAUCCCAACCUGGUCAACUGUUUAGACUGCUACCUUCUGGAUGAGGAACUCUGGCUGGUUAUGGAGUACAUGGAUGGAGGUACUCUGAGCGAUGUCAUCAGCCAGACCUACCUGUCUGAAGAUGAGAUGGCAGCUGUCAGUCGGCAGUGCCUGCACGGACUGGAUUUUCUUCACAUAAACCACGUGAUCCAUCGGAAUGUGAAAAGCUGCAACAUCCUUCUCAGAACUGAUGGCUCUGUGAAACUGGCUGAUUUUGACCUAUUUGCUCAGCUCACCCCUGAGCACAGUAGACAGAGCUCAGUGGCUUGCACUUCUGGGUGUAUGGCACCUGAAGUCAUGGCAGGUCAACCAUAUGGCCCCAAAGUGGACAUAUGGUCUCUUGGAAUUGUGGGCAUUGAAAUGGUGGAACAAGAAGUUCCUUAUUGGAAUGAAACUUCUGUCUGGGCUCGACACUUGACAGCCACAGGAGGGACCCCAAAGCUGCGGCAGCCCGAGCUCUUCUCGCCUUUGCUGCGGGACUUCCUGAACUGCUGCCUGCAGACAGACGAGGCGUGGCGCUGCUCUGCCAAGCAGCUCCUGCUGGUAAAAUGCAAGGGGGCUGCAGGUGAAACAGUGUCCAAGGGAUGGGCUCCUCCUCCACUGAAGUCCGAGGCAUCACAUGAGCCCUCCUCCUCCCCACCUCCAGUCUUGGUGCUGUUCAAGUGA